AUGGCGCGCAAAUACCUUGGAGGCUCUGGUGAGCGACUGACAGUGUGGAUUUCCAUCGCUGCUAGUACGGUACUCAUCUUCUACGGUUAUGAUCAAGGUGUGUUCGGCAAUGUCAUUAUCUCGGAGAACUUCCUUCAUACGUUCGGAUAUCCGUCCGCGAAUAUGCAAGGUGUAAUGACCUCCAUAUACAACAUCGGAUGCUUCAUUGGAGCGAUGUCUACCAUCUGGACUGGCGACAUCCUCGGACGUCCAAGGCAGAUUAUACUCGGUUCGACAAUCAUUGGUAUUGGCGCAAUCAUCCAGACAUGCAGCUGGACCGUAGCGAGCAUGAUGGUCGGGCGCAUUGUGGCUGGACUUGGUACUGGCAUGAACACAGCCACGGCUGGAGUCUGGCAAGCUGAGACAAGCAAGAUGAAUAGUCGAGGAAAGCUUGUCAUCAUUCAGAUGGCGAACUGUAUCACCGGUUUCAGCAUUUCAAACUGGCUCACGCUCGGCUUCUCGUUCGCACCGCGCGAUAUAGCAUGGCGCUUCCCACUAGCGUUCCAACUCUUCUUCACUUUCUGCAUCUACGCCAUGUGUCCUUUCCUACCAGACUCACCUCGUCUACUGAUUCGCAAAGGAAAACAUGACGAGGCCUUGGAAGUCCUUGCUGCUCUCGAAGGCCAUGGAGCAACGCCGGAGUCAGCCUCGGUAAUCACACAGUACAACAUCAUCAAGGACAUCCUAGACCGUGAACAUAUGAACACGUACACGUGGAUGCAGCUCCUUACCGGCAAAGGACCUAGCGGUGUCCUGCGGCGCAUGCUUCUCGGUGCUUGGAUGCAGGCUAUGAACCAAAUAUCAGGAAUCAACGUCACGUCUUACUACAUGAGUUACAUCUUCAUAAAUGCUCUGGGUAUCUCGGAACUUCUUUCGCGCAUCCUCGCCGCCGCCGGCUCAGUCGACUAUCUCAUAUUUGCUUGCUUGGCAUACUUCGUCAUCGAGCGAUAUGGACGUCGCAAAGUUAUGAUGGUCUCCGCCGGAGCAUGUUCCAUCUGCUGGAUCGUCAUUGCAGCGUCCCAGGGUCAGACUGAAGCAGGUGGCGACUCGUAUAAACUGGGUAUCGUCGCAGUUUCGUUCUUCUUCGUGUUCUUCGCCAGCUUCGGAAUGGGCGUUCUAGGCGUGCCAUGGCUGUAUCCAACCGAGAUCAACGCCCUUGAAAUGAGAACCAAAGGCGCUUCGCUCGCAAUGGCGACCAAUUGGAUCUGUAACUAUGGUGUUGUGCAGGCUACACUUCCCGGUAUCCAAAAUCUAGGCUACAAAUUCUGGAUUAUCUGGGCAGUCAUCUGCUUUUCGUUCAUUCCGAUUACAUACUUUCUGUACCCAGAGACAGCGAACAGAACCCUAGAGGAUAUCGAUCGCUUCUUCGAGACUCAACCGGGUAUCCUAAUUCAUCGCAACAAGCUUGCUAUCCAGUUACACCGCCCAGCCGAGUUUAUCGAAGCCGAUGCGAGGAUUGCUGCGAAUGAGGAAGCGAAGUUUGAGAAGGAGAUAAGCACGGAGCAUGUUGAGACGAAGGAGACGGUGUGA